CUUCGGCCAUUGAUCGUCGGUCACCGUGUCGGCGUGGUUGCCGUCCGCCAGCCACAGCCACAACCCCGAACCCUCAACAACCAGCCGGUGACGUUUAAAUCUAGAGCCUGAGGGCGUGCUUCUCUCGUUGCAAUGGAGGCCAGGUUUUUCAGGUUUCUGAAGCUCGUCGGAGUCGGCUUCAAAGCGAGAACGGAGCGCGAAGGACGCGAGUUGUUUCUGAAGGUAGGCUUCAGCCAUGAAGUGCAGUUCACCGCCCCGCCCGCCGUCCGCGUCUAUUGCUUCAAACCCAACCUAAUCUGCUGCAUUGGCAUCGACAAGCAAAGGGUACACAGCUUCGCUGGUGCCGUCCGAACCAGCAAGCCUCCGGAGGUGUACAAGGGAAAGGGCAUACUAUACAUCGAGGAGGUUAUAAAGAUUAAGCCGGGGAAGAGGGACAGGCAGAAGAGGGGGAAAUAA